UCCUUAUCCUGCUUUUUAAUGCUCAGCGUAGCCACUGCCAGCAACAUUUGCGGAUAAAAUAACGUCUGCGUAUGAUCUCGUUGACUGGACACGGUUGGAACCAACAAGCCUACGCGGUGUUUGUGGAAUCAGGACACGCGAGGGCAUUCUCCUUUUAACUUGGCUAGUUUCGCCCAAAUAUCAUUGUUUUCUACUCUUACCAACCUUGUCAAACAGGAAGGCUAACUCGCCUGUUCUGAAUGCAAGCGGAUAUUGCACGUCGUUUUAAUAAACGCAAACCUCGCCUAAAUGUUAAGCGGGGUGCUUUUAUGCAUUGAGCGUCCACAUAAUCCGAUGACAGCGUCCCAAGAGUGGACGCAUCCAAACAUAACAGUUUCAGCACCACGGACAGAGGCCACAUUUUUUCUUUCGAGGUUAGAUGCUAUCGACCAAUCUCACGGCACACGAGUGUAGUAGAUGUACUUGCAAUUUUAUUGGCAGAUAUUACAUUUUUGUUUCAAUUCAGAUUUUUUUUUUCAAAUCAAGAUUCGCAACAAUAUUCACUUAUGUGCAGGAACACCUACAAAUAUGACAGAAAAUCAAAAGUGAUUACUCUUAAUAAUGCAAGGGCAAGAACACUAAAGCGAGUGUAAGAGUCCAGCCCCUGGAGAGCAGUCUGGUGGGCUUCUGAGACAUCAGAUGGGAGGAGGGCAGCCAGGUCGGCAAGCACAGGGGGCUUUACCAGGACGUUCAGGUGGGUGGCCAAGAUGCCGGACCUUACAUGGUGAUGCAAGGCCCAGGUAUGAGCGUCAGAUGUCACUCCCAGGAUUUGCGCUGUUAGAGAGAUGGAGGACAGGCACGGCACCCAGUCGUGACGGUCACAGCGAGCACCACCAGAGCAGGGACAGGGAGGAGAGAAACCUUUAAGAGAAAAGUUACAAUCACAUUCUUAACUGAUUUAAUGUGCAUGUAGCGUUUCUGCCAGAUUUAUUGGUGCAACCUUAAGGCACACACCGUGACAGAAAAUCACAUGGAAACUUGGCGGAGAAAUCAAUGUAUUCAAGUUUGGCGCGCUUCACAAAUGGAAACGUAACAUGGCUGCCGGCGGUGUCGCUUCUUGCUGCGGCGAGUAAGUGGCAUAGUUAAUCCAUUCAUAUGUAUAUCCGUGGGAUAAGAGCACUAAAAACAGCUUUGGCUUUCCCAUUUGUGUAGUCGGAAAAUCGAACAUUUCAAUCAGAAAACGAAAUAUAAAUAAUUCAGCCUUAUCUUCUGCCAUAUUGCGAAAGAGAGAGCAUUCAAUUGUUCUGCCUGUCACUAUGUCGCUGGCAUACAUCGAGGAACAAAUAUAGAAUAUUAGUUGUGAAUAAAUCUUUUUCGGGCCUAUUAAGUGAAAUUGUGUCAUUUCCCAUGGCACACCUGAUAAUCUCCCAUAAUACACCAUUUGGGAAUCACUGAUAUAGAACAUUAAGGCACAAACUACAAUGAAAAAAAUAUUUUGUGAAACCCCACAUUUUGCAUGACCUCACUGGCUUCACAAUAUGCCAUAACAUGCCUUGAGCUUUUGUUCCUAGUAGAGAGAGAGACAGAGAGAGAGAAAGAGAGAGAGAGAGACUGGAAGUGCCAGCAAAGGAUAAUGUAUCCAACGCUGGGCUUCUCUCCAGCACCUUGCGGAGCCCAAAUGGAUAAUCAUGCACUGUCUGCCUCUCCUAUAACAUCCUACACGUUAGAAGACCAAAACAACAGCUACUAUUUGCAUACAGUUCUCCUGAACUGGUGAAAUAAGAGAGAAGUAGAGGCGUCCUUCCCAUGGGAACUGUUUAAAAGAUCACGUCGAAGAACACGACAUCAUAAUGAUCGCUCAAGAGCAAGUAUCAUAUGUUCCACAAUUUACAGGAGUUGAGGCACAGUGCAUCCCUGGCCAACAAAGUCUUCAUCCAGAGAGACUACAGUGAGGGAACCACCUGUAAGUUCCAGACCAAGUUCCCUUCUGAGCUUGAGAGCAGGAUUGAACGAACUCUCUUUGAGGACACCGUGAAAACCCUCAAUAACUACUACACAGAAGCAGAAAAGAUCGGAGGCCAGUCUUACCUGGAAGGCUGUCUGGCCUGCGCCACAGCAUAUCUUAUCUUCCUCUGCAUGGAGACACGCUAUGAAAAGGUGUUGAAGAAGAUUGCCAAGUACAUUCAGGAGCAGAAUGAAAAGAUCUAUGCUCCCAGGGGUCUGCUCAUUACUGAUCCCAUCGAGAGGGGAAUGCGAGUUAUAGAGAUUUCCAUCUAUGAAGACAGGGGCUCCAGCGGCUGCAGCUCAGGGAGCAGCUCUGUGUCCAGCAGCACAGCUCGAUGACUGGUUACAUCUGGCAAAGCAAUGUCCCUCUGAUCACUCAUCACCAUCGAGAAGAACCUUUGGACAUUUGAACCGUUCCUACCUGUUUCCAUGGCUUCACUUUGCUAACACAAAGAGCCCACAAGAUGUUACCUAAGAAAGACGUGUUUCUCCUCAGCUGCGUUUACAUUAUCGGUAGUUGUAAUGCAUUUCGAACAUGCAUAAUGUGCACUUUAGUCAUUCGUUGAAAUGAAUUACUGGUUAUUUUUGAUGUGAUUGGACUUUGUUUUCUUUCUGUAUUUUUUAAUUUUAGUUAUGUGUUAUCUCACACGUGAGGGGCCUGAAGCAAGUAGAUGUAUUCAAACCACAAAACUUGUGAGAAAUUAAACUGGAAGUAGACCGACAUUCAAAAUAACUAACCAGGCACAAUCACACCGGCUUUUAAAUAUUUUAUACGUGGCUUUGACAUGAAAGUGUGAGUAUACUGUACAUAUCACCCAACCUUUCCUAGAUCUCGAUGCUAUAGAUCAAAACCAAGUCCAGACAAUAUCAAGACACUGUAUCACGUUGUCUCGUAGCAGAUGAAUGACAUUCAACCAUGUAUAUAAUGUAGCAAGUCUUCCAUUUUCAACAUACAAAAAUUCACAGGUGUUUAAAAUAAAACCUGUUUCUCUGAUUAAGAUCAAUUCUUCCCAAAUGUUAUUUAUGCAAGGAACGUAGUAGCAAAGAUGAGCAUGCGAGACAAAGUAGUACCUACUCAAAUAGUCUUCCUGUCAUAUGUUGAAUUACACAUACAGUUUGCAAAAUAGUGACCUGACUAAACCUCCAAAGACAAAUAUUUGCCAAAAAGGGGCUCAUUCGUGCGAAUGUCUCAAUUAUGUCGAUGACAUUUUUGUUCAGACUCAAACGUUGGUGCAGCUUAAUUGUUUGAUACACAUGGCAAUGAAGUGAUAAUGACAGCUGUCAAAUAAAUACAAUUUAAUCACAAA